AUGCCGCCUUUGCAAUUCAAAGACGCUCGAACAAAGAUUAUAGAACGUACAACGACCGCUCUAGAGUUUUCAUUGAGUCCGAAGAAAUAUGUGCAAAAAUCACUUGUGCCACUCGAUAUCACGGCCCGCAUCGACGAGCGCGGCAUCACAAAGCGAAUGCUCAUUGUGGUACAGAUACAUCGCGCCGGUACGUACCGCUCCGUCGGUGCUUUAUCGUCUUACUACCCGCCGGUAUAUGAGCUCGACUUUGACAGGUCAAGUCGGAUCUACAAGACAACAGCCCUGCGGAAUGAUAGCAACAAGACCGGCCGGGGAACGAACACGGGCCCGUUCCCGAGCGGUACCUAUCGAUUAGCAAUAUACAUUGGCUUUUAU